AUGAAUUCGGCUGUUGCAGAAACUUUUACUUUUUCUCAUCUAGCUUAUCUAGUAUUUGAAUCUGUCUUACAGGUAGUAAUUAUUGCAUUAGCUGGGUUUUGGAGUGCACAUUCAGGAUUAUUACCAAAAUCAUCACAAAAAAUUAUAUCUUUAUUAAAUGUCGAUCUAUUUACACCAUGUCUGAUUUUUAGUAAAUUAGCCAAAUCUUUAUCGAUGGCAAAAAUUAUGGAAAUUGGUAUUAUUCCAAUAUUUUUUGGUUUAACAACAGGUAUUUCAUUCAUAUCAGGUAAAAUUAUGUCAAAAAUAUUACGAUUAGAUAAAGAUGAAUCAAAUUUUGUUAUUGCAAAUUCAAUUUUUGGUAAUAGUAAUUCUUUACCCGUUUCUUUAACACUAUCCUUAGCUUAUACUUUACCUGAUUUGACUUGGGAUCAAAUUCCAAAUGAUAAUAGAGAUAAUGUUGCAUCAAGAGGUAUAUUAUAUUUAUUAAUCUUCCAACAAAUUGGUCAAAUGUUAAGAUGGUCAUGGGGUUAUAAUAAAUUAAUGAAAUGGUCUGGUGAAAAUACUGAACAUAUGCCACCUUCUCAAAUACUUGCAUUACAAGAAGCAGGUGGUUCAUUACCUUCUCCACCUUCUUCAUCUGAUUCUGUAACAAGACCUGCAUCUACACCAGAUUCAAUAUCAAUGUCUGUUGAGCCUACUGAUGAUAAUGAUGAGGAAUCGGAUGAAUUAUUAGCUACAGCUGGUGAGAAUAGUACUGUUAAAUAUAAAUCAUGGUUUCAAUGUGUUAGAAUAUUUAAUAAGAUUAGAUCAUAUUUGAAUCCACCAUUAUAUUCUAUGAUACUUUCGAUUUUAGUCGCUUGUAUUACACCUUUACAACAUGAAUUAUUUCAUAAAGAUGGUUUUUUUAAUAAUACACUUGCUGAAGCAAUUACUCAAUUAGGGUCUGUGUCGAUUCCAUUAAUCUUAAUUGUAUUGGGUUCUAAUUUAUAUCCAUCCGAUGAAGUUUUCCCAAAGACAAAAAAUCAUACUAAAUUGCUAAUUGGUUCCAUUGUUGGACGUAUGAUUUUACCAUCAUGUUUCCUUCUACCAAUCAUUACAAUCGCAGUAAAAUAUAUUAAUGUUAGUAUAUUAGAUGAUCCAAUUUUCUUAGUGGUAGGAUUCUUAUUGACUGUAUCACCUCCUGCUAUUCAAUUAACUCAAAUUACGCAGUUGAAUGAAUUCUUUGAAGCUGAAAUGGCAGAUAUUUUAUUUUGGGGUUAUGCUGUAUUAAGUUUACCGGUAAGUAUUAUUGUCGUUUCAGUAUCCAUAUAUGUCUUACAAUGGGCUAAUCCUUCUUAG